UUUAGUAACAUGUACAUAGCGGUUUAGUCUCUUUCUCGCACUCAACCGAUCUGGAAACGUUAUUCCGCCGAUUUAGUGUGUUUUAUGUGCCUAAAACCCUGCUGCAAAUUUGUGUUAAACCAGUUUGUGUGUUUUAACCGGAGUGACUAAGAGACAUUUUCAUUUGAACGGAGAGCCCUUGAAAAGAGAGCCAAGAGGAGCGGGACCAAAUACCAAUCUUUAUCUGUAUGGGUGAGAGUGGAAAUGUACUCUGACGUAAGUACUUUUACACUUUUAAAGAGCCCAUCGAAACUGACCACAGACCAAUUGCAGAAUGACGACGGCCAGGAAAACUCGAAUGGGAUGCAGCGCAUCCGGAACGUAUUGACUCUGGAGGAGCGGGUGGCAGCCAUCCGGCAGUACGACAUUGUGCCCAUGUACAGCAAGAUUGCGCGGAACUUCAACUGUAGCUGGGAGCAGAUCAAGAGCAUUGUGUCCAAUCGCGAGGCCAUCCUGGAGUUCCACGAGGCCACCAACCGCCUGAGCCAGCCGGCCAACAAGGAUGGCGAGCUGCGCCGGCGCAAGCUGAACUUCCUGGGCCACUGCCUGUACGAGUACAUCCAGAGGGCCCAGUUCUACCUGCACAGCGAUGUCAACGAGGAGAUGAUCCGCAACCGGGCCAUAGAGUUUCGCGACCUCAUGCGCAUCGAGGGCUUUGUCCCAAACAAGCCAUGGAUCAACCACUUCAAGGCCGCCUACAAUAUAACCCUGUCGAAUCGUCAGAUCACGAUAACCCGUCGACCGCCGCGAUCAAUGGACCUGCGGGACAUAAUGUCCUACUGCGGGCGCCACACCUCGAUGGCCUGCAGUCUGGUGCCCAGGUCGCCGGAACCCGCUCCCACGACCAGCGACCAGCGGGCCAUCGAUCGACCCCUGUACCGCACCAAGACCCUGGUCACCACGUCCUGCCAGAACCAAGCCACCUCGGAUGAGGUGCACCUGCGGCGCAAGCGGAAGAUCACCUUCCUGGAGAAGUGCCUCUACGAGUACAUCCAGCGAUCCCAGCUGCACCACAAGGGCCGGCUCGAUCUGGACAACCUGCGAACGGUGGCCAUCAGCCUCAGGGACAUCCUGAAGAUCGAGUCCUUCUUCCCAGACAAAGUGUGGUUCAAUCACUUCAAGAGCCGCUACAACUUCACCUUUUCGGUUGGGGUGCCGGUGACCAAUCGCCGGGUGCCGCUCUCCCUGGACCUCCGGGAUAUAGUUAGCUACUGUGGCCGGAAUGAGCACAAGAUCACCCUGGCCCACAAUAAGACGCAGGAUAAGCUGAAAGCUGGCCAGGAGCACUGCCCGGUGGCGGAACCAAAGCCGGAGGAACCCGAGGAGCCCGAGGACGAUGACGACUGCGUGGCCAUUGAAGUGCCGCAGGAACUUAUAGAAAUUAAGGAUGACGAGGACGAAUCGGAGGAGGAGAAUCCGCCGGAGGGGCCAGCCAAACGAAAGCUGGAGGAGGACGAUCCAUUGCACUGUGGCCUCAAGAUACAGAAGAUUCAAUCGCUCUGUGGCACACUGCCCGAUGACAUGGAAUUGCCACAAGUCCACAGUCCGGGUCACUAUUCCGAGACGAGCGACGAAGCGCAUCUGCCGCGUUGCGUAGAGAGCUACAAGGACGCACUGCGUCUGCUGAAGCCCCUGGAGGAAUUCGCAUUAAUGGAGGAGAACUACCGCGCCAUCGGGCUGCUCACCCAGCUGGAGAAGAUCUUUGAGACUGGUGCAAAAAAGAACCAAGAAAAGGACCAAUCUUCCUAAGAAAAAGUCUGGACCAAAUACUUGUGCCUUAAGUUUAACUUAGAUAUGCUAAGCUACAUCAUACCAAGAAAGUAACCCUAUUAAAGGGUAUAAACAUGAAUUCCUUUAGUUAUGUCAGGUAACAUAUUUUAAUCUUAACAACACAGUAAGUGCAUGAAGUGUCCAAUCACAAAUAAAUAAUAAGAACUAAAAGAAAGUUAAUAAAAAAUGAAGUGAUAAACAGUUA